AUAUGAAUAACCGCGUGAGAAUGAAAGUGCGGGACAUUUUUGGAAACAUACCAGGUAUUUACUCUCUGGAAAUAGUAUAUAUUUUGUGCACUUGGAUUUCAGAAACAGUUUUCAUGCAUCUGUAUGUAUUUUUAAUCGACCGUUUAUAUGAUGACGUAGCCGUGAUUUGCAGUUGCAUAUGAAUGACCAUCUUUGGCCAAUGUGUAGGGGACUGCACGAGCUCACCGGUUGUUCUCCACGCCGACGGCUGAUGACUGUUGGACAGGGGUUCGAAGGGGCUUAUGAGAAACCACACAAACAAACCUGUCCACUUUAGUGAACAUAAUAUUUUUAAAUUAGGUGCUGUGGCUUCAAAAUCCAGACAUUUUACAGGCGCAGGGGGACAUGGGCAAAUGUAUUAAUAAAGCAUGUGGCUCGCGCGCGAAACUGACAAACGGCGCACUGCCUCGGUGUGAGAGCACACAUGGAUGGUACAUACGUGUUUACAUGUUUAUAUAUACUAUAGGUUUACACACGAACACGCUGUGGUGUUUACACUGAGCAUUGCGUAAUGUACACUCAUGCAGGUAGCGGACAGUUUGUGCAUUACAGUUCUUUCUCAUAGUCGAGGUAAAGAAAAUAUAUGAUGUUAAAGGCUUUUUCUAGAAGGGUGUGUAUAUUCCAGGUGGCUGUAGUGUAGAACGCUGUGGAGAACGAGUGAAAACAGUGUCUGGGAAAUAAUGUUGUUUACUAGAAGACAGGUGUACUCCGGUGUACCACACACUCGAUUUCUGUUACAGAAAAUAAGAUAAUGAAGAUUAUGACUGGACGCGUUUAUUUAACUUUUAAAUAGGUUGCCACGUGUCAGUCAUCUCUUUACUACAUGAUUAUUGUAAUGUAUGGCUCUUAGUGAAAUGGACAGGAGUGUGGAGCGCUCAUCCCACAGAAGGACAUCUUCACCCUUCUUCGUUUUCUCUCUCUCUGACAGUGAUAAACUUUGACACGGGUCUUAUUUUUCCCCAUAACUAAACAUGUUAUAUAUUAAUCUGAGUAUGCGUUUGUGUUUGUGUGUGUGCGCGUGUCCCUCCGCGUCCCGCCCUCGCAGUGACACGGUGUAAUCCCCGCCGCUCGUGAUCCACCCCGAGCCCGUCUAAUGCCCCUAAACCCUCCCAGAUGCUGCCCUGGACACGGGUUCAGCGCUCUUCUCCAUAUUCUCCAUUUUCAUAAGUGCCUGCCCGCUUCUCCCAACGUGCGUGGAGGACAUCCAUUUACACUCACUGUGCCAUAAUACAGUAAUAUAGAUUCAUAUGCAUCCGCCCUGCGUGACCUGCUCAUAAUUUAUCGCUCCUCCAGUCCUUUGGUGCAAUUAAAAGAGAACCGUUUGGUCUUAUCGCAGAGUGUGGAGGAGGUGGUGCGCUGGAAUCGGAGGGGAUCCCUCUCUACUGACACGGGAGGAGUGGAGGGGGACAGAGGAGAGUGAGAGAGGCGGAGGGGGAGGGAGAGAGAGGGGGUGAUGCAGCCUUAAAUUCUAAAAAAGAGCAACAGCUGAAUUGAAGGCAUAUAUACACAUACAGAGCAACUUACUGUCCGUCUAUUUCACUCAACCCUCUCCCUCAUUUCACACUUUUCUGUUUUUUUGUCCCGCUGUUGCUGCUGUUGAGUGCCGUCGCGAGCGCGCGCGGGGAGACACUCGCUCGGGACUCCCGGUGGAACGCAGAGAGCGCGCGCCGCUUCCACGCCGACUGCGCGAGCGGCGCUCCCGAGGGGGAGGGGGGGCCUCCGACGCCGACGCUCGUCUGACAUGGAGGUCCGCCGCGCGCGAAGCCAACAGAAGCGUCCCGAAUGAAGCUGAAAAGCAGCGGCCUCGGAUAAUAACAGUAAUCCUUCUCCUCCUGUCUCUUUCUGCCUUCCGCCGACGACAAGACCGCACUUUGAGAAGAAGAGUGCUCGCCGGGCCACGCGCCGUCCCGCUUCGACGCUCUUUUUUCGCUUCCGGUGUCGGUGGAGGAGCGCGGUGGCGCGCGCUCUGCCCCUCGCCCGCUCGCGCUCUCUCUCACUCAGACCUUUUUGGAAGCGCAACUUUUUUUUUCCAAGGAAAAAUGGGUCUUUGAGACUGUUGGCAAAAUUCCCCGCACCACAAUGGCAACCGAAACUUUUCUGGUGAACGAAGAUCCUUCCAGAGGUCCGGGACUCCCAGAAUGCUUUGUAGUAUCUGAUUCGUACAGGGAUGAAUUCCACCCGUUCAUCGAGGCCCUGUUGCCCCAUGUGCGCGCCUUCUCCUACACCUGGUUCAACCUGCAGGCUCGCAAGCGCAAGUACUUCAAGAAGCAUGAGAAGCGCAUGUCCAAGGACGAGGAACGUGCCGUCAAGGACGAGCUGCUGGGCGAGAAGCCCGAAAUCAAGCAGAAGUGGGCGUCCCGGCUGCUGGCCAAGCUGCGCAAGGACAUCCGGCCUGAGUUCCGUGAGGACUUUGUGCUGACCAUCACGGGCAAGAAGCCUCCCUGCUGCGUGCUCUCCAACCCAGACCAGAAGGGCAAGAUCCGGCGCAUCGACUGUCUACGGCAGGCUGACAAGGUGUGGCGUCUGGACCUUGUCAUGGUCAUCCUGUUCAAGGGCAGCCCACUGGAGAGCACGGACGGCGAGCGGCUGGUCAAGUCGCCCCAGUGCUCCAACCAUGGGCUCUGUGUGCAGCCGCACCACAUUGGCGUCUCCGUCAAGGAGUUGGACCUCUACCUGGCCUAUUUCGUCCACACGCCAGAAUCAGGACAAUCGGACAACUCCAGUCAACAAGGAGACACAGACAUUAAGCCCCCUCCCAACGGGCAUUUGAGUUUCCAGGACUGCUUUGUGACUUCAGGAGUGUGGAACGUCGCUGAGCUCGUCCGUGUUUCACAGACUCCAGUCGCUACGGCUUCUGGCCCAAAUUUCUCCCUGGCUGACCUGGAGAGUCCUGGCUACUACAACAUCAACCAGGUGGCCCUGAGCCGACGCUCAAUUACUUCACCCCCAUCCACCAGGACUGAAGUGGAGCUGUAUGCAAGUCUUCCACGGAGCUCCAACAAGCGCAAGUCCAUUGAUGACAGUGAGAUGGAGAGUCCGGUGGAUGAAGUCUUUUACUCUAGCCGCUCGCCUGCUGCCAGCAGCUCCCAGUCCAGCGGCUGGCCAAACGAUGUGGACGCAGUGCAACACCAUUUGGCGAGUGUGCAGGAGAGGAAGAUAAAACAUGAGAACGAUGGCUCGCAGUUUCCGUACCAUGGACUCUCCUCGCCUGGUUCUCUUAAGAAGCCGGGAAAGUUCGAUUUCAGCGCCCUGUCGCCCCCGACGAGGUCGCCCCGCAUGGCGUUCACCCAUCACCCGCUGCCAGUGCUGGCGGGAGUGAGACCAGGGAGCCCCCGGGCCUCAGCCUCUGCCUUGCACUUCCCCUCCCCUUCCAUCAUCCAGCAGUCCAGCCCUUACUUCACCCACCCCACCAUUCGCUACCACCACCACCCAGGACAGGACCCGCUUAAAGAGUUUGUGCAGUUUGUCUGCUCUGACGGCUCGGGCCAGCCCAGUGCGCAGCCAAACGGGAGCGGCCAGAGCAAAAUGCCGGGCUCCUUCUUGCUGCCGCCACCUCCCCCCGUGGCCCGCCCAGUGCCCCUCCCCAUGCCCGACUCUAAACCCAGCAGCACACCCCCCGACGGCGGACUCACCUUGCCCGCAUCUCCGUCAUACUCCGCGCCAGGGUCCACAGCUCCCAACAGGUUUGUCAGCAUCGGAUCACGGGACAACAACUUUCUGAACAUCCCCCAGCAGAGCCAGUCUUGGUUCCUCUGACAAGACCUGUUUGAAAAAAGCAAUUAAAAUUCUGAAAUGAAAUUGGGAUUGAAGAAAAAACAAUUUGAAGGAAAUUGCCCUCAGACCGUUUUAUACCAGAUUAAAAAUGAAAAAUAUAAGAAUGAUUUUAAGAAAAAAAUGAUGAUAAAUUCCAUGAACAAAAAAUAAAUCCAAGAGAAAAACACUGUUAAGUUUUGAAAGGCAAGAAAUCCAGAGGGGAAGAGGAGGAGAAGAACAAUGACAACAAGAUGGAAAUCCAACCAAGCCCCAUUUCUUUUUUAACCCUGGUGCAGAAAGGUGCGAAGUACAAAAUACUACAUUUUCUAACUGGGUGAUUUUUAAAAUAAAUUCAAAACAUUUUGGAUUUAACUGAAGAAAUAUUAAAUCACUGCCCUCCAGACACUUUGUCCUGAACACACCCAAAGGUCUGCAGUCUUUUGUCAUGAUUUAUAUGGACCCCAGCUAUCUCUACUGAAUUGCUGAUACUCACAGACGCGGCAUUGAUUGGUUUCUACUGAUGUGUUCAUCGCUGAUUCACUGAAAAUGACGUGAUCCAACAACACUAAAUUUUGUUACCAAGAAAAUUUGCCUUAAAAAAGAUUCUGUCCUGUAUGCACUAUUGGAAUUAAUAAGGGACUGCAGAGCUUUGUAACUCAGAAUUUCAAACAAUGAGGUAUAACAAUCCAGUGAACACCGUCUCUCCAGGCAAACAUAAAAUUUGCAGCCAUGUGGACAUUCUGCCAUUCAGAUGAGUUGUACCUGUCCCAACCCAGCCCAGCCCAUCACAGCCAAGGCGUGAUGCACCACGAAGGACAACAGAUGUGAAACAGAGAAAAGGAAGAGAAAGUUACUAAAGCAGAACUCUUUUUUUUUUUUUGGCCUUCCGAUCUUUGUGCCAGAACUUUCCCACUGACCCGCAAAGGUCAGAGACUUCUCCCUGCAGAGCCCAUGGCCAGUGUUCCCCCCUUGCAAAGCCUCACAGUGCUAUUGAGCACACGGGUAGGUCAACACCUCUCAACGUGGGCUCACACAAAUACGGAAAUGGUCGUGCAUCUGGAGUGAGCACAGCUGUACCUGGGCAUGGUUCUGACAUGGCAGAAGAGAGAUCACAUCAUCACGAAGGACCCGAAAGCUCCAGAACCUCCAAGUGUCAGUAUUUCCCUAAAAAGGGUCUCCUUUAAGUUCUUCAUUUCUUUGUUCAUCUCUCAAUGCUGGAUGUUUAUUUGGGUGGAUAGAAUGGCUUUUUGUAGAACCAUUCUUUGCAAUAUUUGACUUUUCUUCCAGGAAAUCUGUUAAUUCAGCUAUCUGUUUUUAACCUUCGGUAAACGACACAGAUACUCAUCUCAGACUUGUUUCACAUACAUUUAGGUUCAUUUGUCAUCCCUCUGGGGAGGGGGGUUGUACAGUGGUCAGCAAGAAAGACCAUUCUGAGCACCUGUGGUCAUUGUCAGGUUGUCUUAGCAAAUAUGGAGAAGAACCAGAAGGUUCCAUUGAACAAUAAUCCCAUGGCACUUCAUAGCACACCCUAUUAGCGCAAUGCCAAGAGGCAUACGGGAAGGACUAGCAUACGGAACCUCCAAAAGCCCUUUGUUCCUCAUGUUUACACAGAUGUUUACAUCCACAGUCACUGGACUCCCAACAGCUGUAGGUGGCAAUGUGGACCAAAAGAGCUGGAUCUGUUUUCAUGGCAUGUUCUUCACAAGGGUUUCCAGCAGUCUUACAGUUGUGCAAAUUCGUAGCAAGCUCAUUUUGGUCAUUUAGGUCCAUGAGCUCUGAAGAACUACUAGUGACACUGCCCCUAGCAGAAUACUUUUACUUUCACCCUAUCUUGGGUCACGCCUUCCCCAGCUCUCCCCACCAUCUAGUGGCUCCUCACUGUUGUCCUUUCUCAGAGAGGUGUCCCAUCACUCUUCAUCCCCCUCCUCUUCCCCUGUCACUUCUCCUCAACAAUUCCAAUUCCAACAGCAAACACAGUCUGUGACAGACACACCUACCACCAGCAGGACCCUGCAUUGUCUCACCAGAGCACACAAAUACAGCGACACACCAGUCACUGAAGUCACCCACCAAAUGCAGCAUGUAACGUGUACACAGCCGUGUGUAGACACACACACACUGACAGGUCACUACAGGAAGGUAAUUUACACUCGUGCUAACAGCAGUACCGGCACACUAUAUUUACAUUUACACUUAUUCAUUUAGUAGACGCUUUUCUCCAAAGCGACGUACAUCUCAGAGAAAUACAAUUUGUGCAUUACAUUAGGAGAAAGAGAGACAUAAUUGCAGACACUACAAAGGGAAGCCUUGAGUACUGGCUAUCCAAGCCGUUUUCCAAAAGCCUUUUAAGUUGGAGGUCCUUUGAAACCGUUCCGUUUUCUGUUUCGUUGUUUAUGAAAGAAGUCAAAGCGCUCACCUCACAAAAUAACUGGACUGCCCAGCUAUGGUUUUCUUUGCAGGGAAAUAGCGCUGGCCCGCAGGGCAGCCUUCUUUUACGUAUCAUAGAAACUAGUUCCAAUAAACAAGGGUUCCCAUGACAACGGAGAUUCUUUUCUAUUACAUGGAAGUGCCUCUGUAUUCCCUUUAUGCAAUUUGUUCAAAAUGAAUUCAGGUUCUUUUUUUUUUUCACAUAUAAGCUAUAGAGAGUGGGGAAAGGGUAUACCAGGGGAUCAUUGGUUUGACCAGGGACAGAUCACUUAAAGAAGAUUGCAAACAUUUAUAUAUAUAAAAUAUAUAUCAAAUAUACAUAUAUAUUUAUGGAUAUAUACUUUUUUGUCUUUUGGGAAAUAAGCUUGAUGGCAGUCUAGUUAUUUUUUGAAGGCCAGCACAGUUAGUCAGUGACAGCUGCUUUUAGGAAUCAGCAUCAACACACAGGUACACACCUCCACAUCCUCCGUGACAUCAACAUCCCAAAUUUCAGAGCUCAAAAUAUUAACGCAAAUUUGGACAAAGAAUAAAACAGCCUCCUUUAUUUUGUUUUUUUUUUUUUUGGAUGGAAAGUAUUAUUAUUGAAAAUUAUGUAUGUCGAUUGAGCCACGUGCAAUGCAUUGGGUAGAUAAUUGUGUUUGUCUGUUAGAGAUUUCUAAGAAAGAGAAAAGUGAAAAAAAAAAACUAUUUUUGUUUCAAGUCCACAAGCUCCGGGACUCUAAAUAUGAGAGCGGAGAAAACUAAUCCCAGUCUUUGUAAGUUUGGGGGAAUUUAUUUUGGUUUUCUUUUUUUUAUUUUUUAUUUGUAAUAAUUUGUUUUAAAACGUGGGAGGGCUGAAGGAACAAUUUUACAAAACAUCAAAAAUUAUAUAUUACUAAAUAAAACUGGUGCUUUUUACGAUAUAAAGUACAUUCAAACUCUAUUAUACAUAAAUAAUAAACAAAAGUAAGUGUUAUCAUAAAGCACAUUUUAGGAAAAAAAAAGCAUUAUUCUUCUUCUAUUCCUCUUUUUGUAUUUAAUAAGGGGGGAGGGGUUCAUUUUCUUCUAGGUUGUGACAAAAGGCAUUUUUCUUCAACCUUUACCCAACUUAGGAAGUGAGCUUGCAAAUUUAGAGCUGAAGAAGCAACAGGUAGAAGAACACAGCAAGGCCUGUUUCAUUUAGUGAAUUCCUCCGUACCAGAAACCCCUUGUAGGAGAAAGAAGCAAAUGGGCAGCUCUUUGAGUUAGCACACCAAGCGGCUCCAGAGCUAGUUAGGACGGAGACGAGCCCGUCUGGGCCAAGGCUGGGGAGCAAAGCCUUUUUUCCGAGCUGCGCUGAUAGGCUUUAGGACCUGAACUCUGUUCUACCCAGGAAGCACUGGGUCGGGCAUCCUGUCGACUGCACUCGACAUACCGAACCCCGCAACAGUCUGAACACCGGCCACCGAAGCCAUCGCAAUGCGUCAUUACCCACCGUUUGCUCUAAACACCGAUCGGAAGUGGUCCAUAGUCACAGCGACAUACAGACAAGAUCUUCCCUGAUGUGGAAGGUGCACCAAAAUAUGUAAACCUGUGGAAAAAUAAAUCUUUCAUAAUAAACACAGAGGAAGAACAAAAGAGAGAUGGCUUGGAGAGAUGGGAGAUGUGUAACGUGAACUGAUUUUUGGUAGAUUUUGUAGAUUAGUAGACUCCCAUCUCAAGACAAGCACAGGAAGCGAGGAAUCAAAGGAGAGAGCUGGCAGCUUUUCAUAUUUGGAAACAAAGAGCACAGAAAAAUGUACAAACCGUGUAAAAACGAAAAAGCGAACCCCCGCACCCCUGAACCCGACACCCUCCACCUUCUCUCUCGAGUCCCCAAUGUAAAUGACUCUUACGUAGUGUUUGGUGAUGUAGUGUAGACUCUGAGCAUUUAAAAGGUUGUCCCUUAAAAGUGCCUUUUGUUCACAGACUCCAUCUUGUAAUCCAGAGCGCCCUUCUAAAAAAACAAACAAAAACAAAAAAAAAAAACACAAAAAAGUCCCCUCCUUCUUACUUGUCUUAUAUGCUCUUCUAGCUUUUCAAAGCCGUAUAUAUAGUACUAAAGGAAAUUGGUGUGAUUUAGUUCUUUUUAUUGUUAAAUGAUAAAAAAAAGAAUUAGAAAAGACAAAAAAAAACUUCCUCUCUUGCUUUCUUUCUUUCCCUUUGUCUCUGUGUCUUUUUUCCUCUUGGACACUGGAGUAGUCUGUAGUCACGUGUCUGUCUCCUUGUCCCCCCUUCUCUGAACGGAGGGGUUUUAAAAAAAAAAAUUGCAAAAACUUUGUCUGAGCAGAAUGCAGUUAGCUCACGUUAUUCUUGUCUGUACGCUUCACAAUGUAUACCAUACCGAUCUCUUCAGCUUCUCCAUUGAACAGCUAAUGUAAAUGAACAAGUUACGCCAGUGAGCUCUUGGGGUGGCAAGGCGAGGCAAGGUGAGGCAAGGGCACCUGACGUCAGGUACAGCCUUCAUUCUGAGGGAGAGGCCUUUAGGCUGGACGAGAACACGUCAGCUUCUCUUUGGUUCGGGGGAAAAGGGUUGCCGAGGCAGCAGGUGACUUUGUCACUUUUAUUUAUUUUCUUUUAUUUUUUAUUGUUUAUGUGAUUUGGAUUUGGAUUGAAUGCUUUCUCGCUGUUGUCCACAAGAUGUUUUACAGAAUUUUGGACGAGAAGAAAGAGGCACAAGGCACAUUUUUAGUGGUUCUUGAGAGCAGCUAUUUAAACUAAUUAGUUCAUGAGACAAUUGAGCACCUUAAAUUGGACAGGCAGCAUGGACGACAGACGGGAGGAGAUGACGGAAAAUUGCAAAAAAAAAAAAACUGUUGACAGACCCAGCU